AUGACGGUGUUUCACAGCAUUUUGCACCCGACGCCAGUUCUUCCGCACCUCACUCUGCGAUCCGCAGAUCAUACGCACCUCAUCAUCGGUGUGUCGAUUUCCGUUCUAUCGACAAUCUGUGCUUUGUGGCAUGCGGUUGUGCUAGUGGCGGAAGUGCAGUGCAUUCAAAAAUACGCAUCGUUCAUCUUGAUUUCAAGUCAAAGCUUCUGCGACAUUUGCGCACUUUUUGUCUAUUUCGCAUUGGGCAUUGAAGUUUGCAGAUGCAAGGUUUUACUGCCAGCCCGCUGGUCGAGUUUCAUAUUCUCGACAUUUCAAAUGAUUGCGCUUCCGCACUAUAUGGCCAUUGCUAUAAAUCGCGCCUUAGCUAUUUUGGCCCCAGUCAAAAUGGAGCGCAUCUGGACAAAAAGGAUGGGCAACUCCAUUUCGCGACUGCUGAUCGGGCGGAGAUUAACUUGUGGAUUUGCACAUUUAUGCGAAGUGCAGCUGCGGAAUGUAACAACUGGAGAUUAUCGGAUUUGCGCAGAGAGUCAGUUAUUAGUGCAACUCAAUAAAGCUGCUUAG